CUGGAAAGGUAGCCAGUGCAAAACUGCAUCCACAAUGACAAGACUUAUUCUACUCACAGGCAUUUGCCUGUUAUUUAUUCAACUUGUUUCAGCUUAUCAGCUUAUAUGCUACUUCACCAACUGGGCCCAGUACAGACCUGAUCCUGUGAAGCAUUUGCCUGCCAACAUUGAUCCUUUCCUGUGCACACAUCUGAUCUACGCGUUCUCCAUCAUUGACUCUGCAAAUCAUCUGGCUACCUACAAGUGGAACGAUGAGACUCUCUACCAAUCGUUCAAUAGUCUGAAGCAAAGUAAUCCAAGCUUGAAGACACUUUUGGCUGUUGGAGGAUGGAAUUUUGGUUCAACUCAAUUCUCUACCAUGGUGUCCACACAAGCCAACAGAAAUACAUUCAUCCAUUCCUCCAUCAGCUUUCUCAGAAAGUAUGGAUUUGAUGGCCUGGAUCUAGACUGGGAGUAUCCUGGAGCAAGCGGCAGUCCUCCAGAGGACAAGCAAAGGUUUACUCUGCUCUGUCAGGAGCUUCGACAAGCCUAUGAGGCUGAAAGCAGUGCUACAGGACAUCCCCGGCUUAUGGUCACAGCUGCAGUGGCUGCUGUAAAAUCAACUAUAGAUGCUGGAUAUGAAAUUGCUGAGAUUUCCAAGUACCUGGACUUCAUUAGUGUGACAACCUAUGACAUUCAUGGGUCUUGGGAAAGUUUCACUGGACACAACAGUCCUCUGUAUCAAUGGUCUCAGGAAACAGGAGCUCAAAUCUACCUUAAUACUAAUUACUCAAUGACAUACUGGAAGAAUCAGGGUGCUCCAGUGGAGAAGCUGAGGAUGGGUUUUGCCACAUAUGGCAGAACGUUCCAACUGUCGUCUACAGCGAGUGGCCUGGGAGCUCCAUCAAGUGGCCCUGCUUCUGCUGGCACCUACACCGGAGAGCCAGGCUUCUGGUCUUACUAUGAAGUCUGCAGCUUCCUUCAAGGAACCAGCGUACAGUGGAUCCAGGAUCAGAAAGUACCCUAUGCCACAAAAGGGGCUCAGUGGGUUGGCUUUGACACCAAGGAGAGUUUUGACACAAAGGUGACCUACCUCAAAGAUUUUAAUUUUGGAGGGGCCAUUGUGUGGGCUCUUGAUUUGGAUGAUUUUACUGGACAGUUCUGUGGACUGGGAAAAUACCCUCUCAUCAACGAGCUCAAGAAACUGCUAAGCAAUGCUCCUGAGUUUACAACCUCAUCUGCUCCUCCUAUGACUCCUCCUGUUGCAGUUCCUAUUACACAUCCUGCUGAAGCUCCUCCUGCUCCUCUUCCUGCUACAGUUUCACAGUGGUAUUGUGCAGCCAAGAAAGAUGGUAUCUAUACAAAUCCUUUUGAUAAUAAAUCUUUCAUCCAUUGUGCUGCUGGCAGAAAAUGUGUAAAACCCUGCCCUGCUGGCACUACCUACAAUGAGAGCUGCCAGUGCUGCAGCUAGCAAUAAAACUGCCACAAGAUGUUAGUGAACACAUGAUGUAGACAUGAUUUAAAAUACAUUAGCAACAGAUUAGCAAAAUAUCUGAACAGUUGUCUGAACAUGGCUUCAUUGGCUUGAUACUUACAAAUAUUAUAUUUCUCUAUCUUUAAAAAUAUUGCAUAGAUAAUUUAUCUAUCUAAGUGCUAACUUUAUUAUCAUUGAUCUUUACUAACAGGAUUUAAUUAUGAUUGGUAUUUUUUCAUUUUUAAUUUUAUAUAGUAUGGGCUCUAAAAACAUUAUAUACUAGACACUCCCACAAUUUAAAUGCUCUUUACUGUCAGCUGUAUUUUUCCAGAUUUAGCAAUAUGCAUGGUAAAUAAACAUAAUAAACCACACUUUUAUUUCUAUGAUCAAACCCAAAGGCUUACACUAUUUAUUAAUUCAGCUUGAAGUAUAAGUUCAUAUACCACCAAAUUCAUAAACUGCUUCUUUAAAAAAACACUCAUCCAGUUAUAGCUGGAGAGCUAAGGAGUUGGAGGUGUUGGAGAAGAAUCAGAUAUGACUGAAUCUGAAGCUGGAUCUGUGGCACACAUAAGCACAUGGAGGAGUUGCUAGUUUCCCUAAUUCAUAGCAGUGCAAGGCCAAACAAUCUCCAAAAAUCUUUGAGCAUUUUACUUAAUAGCUUUGAUUCUUCAAAAGUUCAGGUUAAUGGAAUGACACUUCAUGUGACAAGGCACAUCAACAGCAUGCCAAAUAAUCUCUAUAUAGUGUCACAUUCUGAAAUGUUGAAAUGUUUCUUUCUCUCCUUCAUUAAAAUAUCAAAAGCGUAGUGGCAGAAUACUGUCACAAUAUGUAUAAAGUUGUGUUAAAGCACAAAAUGCAUGGAUUCAGGCUGUGAAUUCAGACAUCAUCCUGCAUAGUAUGUUCAUCAACAUAGUUUAUUUGCAAAUACACAGCAACUAUUUGCCCCUGUGUUUGAAGUCAUAAUCAGUCACAUUUUUUUAAAAUGGGGAUAAUAAAGAAAUUUCACAUUGUAUCAUAUAAGCUGGAAUUGGUAUGUCAGCACAAUGAUCAUCAAUAUUAGCACAUUAGAUUGGAUGUAUUUCUCUGUAACUUGGCAGACAGAAUGUUUCUGUAGACUUCUGAAUUCAUUCUGCUGCUGCCAUCAUGACUUAAAUCAUCAGUAAAGAUUCGUGAGCCCAUUCCAGAAGCAGCCAUGCAAGCCCAAGCCAUGACACUACCUCCACCGUGCUUGACCAUCACUUUGGUAGAGGUUAAUCUUCGUUCCAGAACUUUUGUGGCUCAUCUAUUUCUUUGCGAAUUCCAAUCUGGCCUUCCGAUUCUUACUGCUAAUGAGUGGUUUAAAUCUUGUGGUUAUAUUUCUAUAAAGUUUUCUUCGAACAGUGGAUUGUGAUAUCUUCACCCCUGCCCUGUGGAGGUUGUUGGUGAUGUUGAUUGUUAGUACAUCAGUGGUUUCUUUCUUUUUCAGGAUAUUCCAAAUUGUUGUAUUGGCUACGCCCGGUGCUUGUGCAAUGGCUCUGAUCGAUUUUCCUUCUUUUUUCAACUUCAAAAUGGCUUGCAUUUCUAACAGAAACAGCUCUCUGGUCUUCAAGUUGGUUUAUCCUUUUUAACAACACAUGAAGUUUUCAUAGGCGAAACCCACGGCUCUGUAAAACAUUCAGAGCUCUUAAUUCUUUAAACAAUUAAUCUAACAGGGCACACUGGGGCAACAAGAAACACCUGUCAAUUACAUGUUCCAUUAUUUUUAAUCACUUGGAAAAUGUGUAUGUCCAAACAAAAGGUGUCAUGUUCUAAGUUAACACAUCUAAAUGUAACUAUCACGAAAUGAAAGCUGAAACUCUGAGCUCAUAUUCAUCCUUUGAUGUCAAACCCAAAUGUCUUCAUUGUUUGGCCUUGUCGUUCCACUGAGGGGACCGUACAUUUAGUUAAAAAGUUUCUGUUAGCCCUUUGUUAUAAACAUACUAUUUUGUUAUUUUUGUAGCUUUUUUAUUUUUGUGUUUUCUGACCUAGACAUGUUUAUGAAUUAAAGGAAGCCAUACAUGUGUCUGUUUUAUAUAUAUAUACAUAUAUAUAUACAUAUAUAUAUAUAUAUACACAUAUAUAAAGGCAGUAGACUUGCACGUCAAGAUUUGGUUAUGGAUGUUGAUAAGUUAGCAGAUCAGAAUAUGACAGUGUAUUUUUAUGAUUUGCGUAUAUACAGACCUGCAUUUACAUGUUAACAUAAAGAAGUGAGACAUGCAAAAGAAGGGGUACAUGUGAAUGAUGCAAAGAAUAACUAAAGCACAAUGGCAUGUCUGUAACACUAGGUCUAGACAUUAUCACUACCUGUCACUGUCUGUAUCUGUAUUGACAGUGAAUUAAUGCAGACCCAGACAAUUUAACAGUGUGUAUUUAUUUAGUUUGACCUUCAUGUACAGAGUAUAUUUCUAUGCUCUUCUUUAGCCAUGUAAUUUGACAUGAAUGCAGUUUUGUUCCCCCCUUACUACUGUAAAUAUUGUAUCUGUGCUGUAAAUAUUGAAUCUAUACAGUAAAUAUUGCAUGUGUGCUGUCAAUACCUUUAGGCAAAGUCAUUCAGUGAUCUUAAAUAGAGUGUAAUACAAUAUAAAUAUAUAAAUAGUGCUGUGAAUGUGUUGCAGAGUCCAAUAUUUAACUUGUAGUGUAUUCUACAACAAGACAGUGUUGUGUAUGAUCAAAUUCUCCACCUUCUGUAUGUAUAGAAACACUUGUAAAUAUAGCUUCAUAUGAAAUUCCGGCUCUGGUGUAAACAAAACUCAUUAUAAUCAGAGCAGAACAGUUACACAAUACACUGUCCUGUAUGUCACAAGUUUCCCAAGGUUUUGGGAACAGCCGCCGCUUUAAUGUGGCUUUUACAAGACAUGGGUGUGCAUAGUUUUGGUCCCAUCUUUUAUCUCUCAUACUAAAAGAGAAUUUCAUUAGCUCUAUUGAUUUUGUCUUGUACAGAUUUUGCAGAUUUAAAUAUCAUUAAAAUGUGGGAAAAUUAUACAUUUUUUGGUGUAAUACAGGUUUAUUGUUUUUUAUUUAAAGAACAUAUUGAUUACAGCAAAUUUGUAUAAAAAAAACAUAAAUGUUCAACUGGUUAAACUGUA